UGUUUAGUGAACAUUAAAUCCAUGUAAAUGCUCAUUAAAAUAACUCCAGGUUGAAAAUGGCAAGUCGUGUUUUGAUUACUGGAUUUGGCCCAUUUGCCAAUCAUCCUGUUAAUGCCAGUUCUGAGACAUUAAAAAUAGUGAGUAAGGAACUUGUUUUAAAAGGUAUUGAGUUCGAUUUUCAAGAACUCCGUGUGGUCUAUGAAAGCACUAAGGAGUUCAUAUCAAAAUAUUGGGAAACAAAAACACCCCUUUUUUGCGUUCAUCUUGGUGUUUACACAGAAAAAUUUGUCUCAGUUGAGUGCCAGUGCAAUGAAACUGAGUAUUCGCUCAAAGAUGUUGAAGAAAAAAUACCAGGAGAUGGGAAGUGGCCUUUCAUUAGAUCUGCAUUUCCAUUAAAAGAAAUUGUUCAAAUUCUUUCUGAACAAUCCUUACCUGUUCCUGUAAGGCUUUCCGAGGAUGCAGGGCAAUAUUUGUGUCAGUACAGUUUCCACAAUUCCCUGCGCAAUGGAAAAGGAAAGUCAGUCUUCAUUCAUGUUCCAAAACUCGAGGACUCCCCAGCUAAGAACACUGCAGCAGUUGUCAUUGCCAUCAUUAAAGAAUUGUUAAAUUCAUCAUCAACUCUGGAUUAAAUUUCGUGCAGCUAUUUUAUUCAUGUUAUAAUACCCUUUCCCGCUUUGCUUGCAAAAUUUACAGUUGCAAAAUAAAUGUUUGCUAGUUAUUGCAUGGUGCUAACUGCUUUUGCAUUGUAAUCAGCUGUAAAAAUAUGAUUUUUAUUGAAGUAUGAUUUAUUAAUUUCUCGAUUGCACAAUUAUUGUUAACUUCCACAAUUCUUAAUAUUCAUGGGAUACUUUGUAAUCCGGAUUUUAUUCAGUUAAUUUUCACAAAUUUUUCUGGUCCGAUGAGGCUGUUUGCAUUUAAAAUAAUAGGCAUGUAACGAUUGUUUUUAUGAUGACAUUUCCAAUUAUUUUAUCAUUCGCAAGGAAUGAGAUUUUUCUGAUUUAUCAUUAAUUUAGACUAAAACUGUAAAUUUGGGUGACUAAUUAUUUAUUCUCUUAUUUCUCUUAUAUAUUAUCA